AUGAGCGCGGCGCACGGCGGGUCGGUGCGGACGCUGCGGGUGCCGGGCCGCCACGGCUACGCCGCCGAGUUCUCCCCGUACCUGCCCGGCCGCCUGGCCUGCGCCGCCGCGCAGCACUACGGAAUCGCGGGCUGUGGAACUCUGCUAAUAUUGGAUCAAGAUGAAUCUGGGCUUAGGAUUUUUAGAAGCUUUGACUGGAACGAUGGUUUGUUUGACGUGACCUGGAGUGAGAACAACGAACACGUCCUGGUCACGUGUAGUGGGGAUGGCUCGCUGCAGCUCUGGGACACUGCCAAGCCCGCAGGGCCACUGCAGGUCUACAAGGAACACACUCAGGAGGUAUAUAGUGUUGAUUGGAGCCAAACCAGAGGCGAACACCUUGUGGUAUCUGGUUCAUGGGAUCAAACCAUCAAACUGUGGGAUCCAAAUGUUGGCAAGUCUCUAUGCACCUUUAGAGGCCAUGAAAGUGUCAUUUAUAGCACAAUCUGGUCUCCCCACAUGCCUGGCUGCUUUGCUUCAGCCUCAGGUGACCAGACUCUGAGGAUUUGGGAUGUGAAGGCAGCAGGAGUCAGAAUCGUGGUUCCAGCACAUCAGGCAGAAGUUUUGAGUUGCGACUGGUGUAAAUACAAUGAGAAUUUGCUGGUGACGGGGGCAGUUGACUGUAGUUUGAGGGGCUGGGACUUGAGGAAUGUUCGACAACCAGUGUUUGAACUGCUUGGUCACACCUAUGCUAUCAGGAGAGUGAAAUUUUCACCGUUUCAUUCUUCUGUGCUGGCCUCUUGCUCCUAUGACUUUACUGUAAGAUUCUGGAACUUUUCAAAGCCUGACCCUCUUCUUGAAAUAGUGGACCAUCAUACAGAGUUUACCUGUGGUUUAGAUUUAAGUCUUCAGAGCCCUACGCAGGUGGCUGACUGUGCUUGGGAUGAAACGAUAAAGAUAUACGAUCCUGUUUGUCUUACUUUGCCUGCUUGA